AUGGAGGAAACGCAAUUUUUGCGAAAGUACAUAAAAUUUUUCCAAUAUGACAAGCCAUACAACUCUUUGCCAUUCUUUCUGCUGGUUAUUCUAGCAACAGUCAGCCUCUCAAGCAUAUGCCUGGCCACCAGAACCGAACUAACUGUGGAAAUCUCUCUGGAAGCUCUGAAAGAUGCAUUUUCAGCAACAUUACUGUAUUCAUGCAUCAUUGAGCACAGCCUGAACCCUGACAGAGCUCUAAAACUUGUCAAAUUGAUCGAAGAUAAAUUUCUGGUGGACGAAAAUGAUUUCGUUGCAGAAAACAAAGAAAAAUGGGGGAGACUUGACAAGCUACAGGAAAAGAAGAAACAAGACAUGAAGAGAAAAUUCCGCUACAUAACUAUUGCACAAUUUUUCAUCUGUUUCGGAUAUUAUUUCAAGAACUUCUUGAACUACAUUCUAGGCAUCAGAACGUAUCUAGAUGAUGAUACAAAUCGUUGGCCCACUCCUUUUCUGUAUCCAAUUCCCGAAUUUCAGUUUCGAUCAACCAUUUUCCUGCUGUAUGUCUAUUCUCUGCACGCCCUCACUUUAUCAACAAUCUGUUCUGAAGGGUACAUCAUGUUGACUACAGUUUGUGUAUCCACUGAGAGGGUCUUGGCCGACUUUGAGACGCUUUAUCUACUCUUGGAUAAUUUUUCUGAAGAUUUCAAUGAGGAGGCAAGUAUGGGUGAGUUUCAUAAGAAACACAUUGAAAUCGAUUGCAAAACUAAAGAUGAGCGUUUGAAAGCGGAUAUGAGGCGUAUUGUGAACUGUCAUCAGAGUAUUAACAGAAACCUCAAUAUCUGCGCCAAAAACUCAGCAUUUGUUGUAUCAGUGGCAAUCGCUGUAAUAGUGGCUGAUUCCUGUUCAAAUGCUUUUUUCAUGCUGAAGACAACUGAUGUGAAGAAAGCAGUCAUAUCCACUUCAAUGUUCAUAAUAGAGAAUAUGACAAUGUUUUUCCUGUAUCAGAAUGGACAGCGUAUUUACAACCAGAACCAGAUUUUGCGCAAAUACCUGACCGAACUGCCGUGGACCGAUAAGCCGCUCUGGUUGAGGCGGACUCUGCAUGUAAUGAUGACAAGAGCCAACGUCGACUCUGAAAUGAGACCUUAUGGCAUUUUUGUACUCAACUAUGUCUCAUUCAAAGAUGUGAUGAAAUUGACAUUUUCCGUUGGCAACGUACUCUAUUCUAUGAAAGUGGCAAGUCAAUCAUAGAAAUUUCGAGUUGAGAUUAUUGCUAAUCAAAGGAGAUAUUCUAGAAAAUUGUGUAUCUGAGGUCACAAUAUUAUAAUCCAAUGAAUAGUGCGAUAUUGAAUUUCACUUUUACAAUAGUUCAGAAAUUAGUACCUCUAGAUAACGCCUUUUCCAUCUUCAGCUUACAGAGAGUUACCUUAUUAAGUUACCUUACCUCCCACCUUAUUGUCACUCAAAGGUAUCUUGACCUGACAUGUAAGUGCUGUAAUUGUAAAAUUCCGUACUUACAAGAUUAUUGACCAGUUGAGUUAUAGGUUGAAAACUGUAGAUGGAACACAAUAACUGUAGGUUUUUCAGUAGCCUAGAACUCUUGUUAAUUCUCGUUGAACAUAACUAGCUCUGAAUGUUUACUAAAACUCAGUGUCAUUAUACAUAAAUAUACACAAUUACAUGUUCGUUUUUGAUUAAAGUAGAAUUUCACCUGAA